AUGGGAUCAUGGAAUGUCCCCUUUGUCAUGCUCUGGUUUGGGAGAAAGAAAAAAAAAGGGACCAGAGGUCCUAACAGAAUACCGCUUUUUAGUAUAUGCUGUCAACAAGGCCGAGUAAAACUCCCACCAGAACCAGAAGCUCCACCCGCCUUGAAAACACUGCUCCUCAACUCCAAACAUUUCCAGCAUGAUAUCCGGACAUAUAACUCCAUCCUCGCAUUUACGUCAUUGGGCGCACAGAUUGAUCAUUCUGUAAUGCACAAAACGGGGCCUUUCACUUUCAGAAUCCAUGGUCAAAAUGCACACAGGAUCGGGUCUUUGGUUCCUGGAGCAGGACAACCUCCAAAAUUCAGUCAGCUCUACAUCAUAGAUACCGCUAAUGAGAUUAAAAAUAGAAUCUCCACUGUCAAGCGUACGGCCACAGUAGGUGAGCUGGAUCCUAAUAUAGUAAAAGAGCUGAUAGAAACAAUGGACACUCACAACUGUCUGACUAAGAUUUUCAGAAAAGCUAGAGACAUCCAUGAAACUGAUAGCUGCCAGGAAUUUAGCAUAAGACUGAAAGGCAAGUCAAAGCGUGAUCGUCAAUAUGAUAUGCCUCAAACUGAUGAAAUUGCUGGUCUGAUCGUUGGUGACUUUACGGAGGAUAUGGGCGAGAGAGAUAUAAUUGUGCAACACAGAUCUUCAGGCCUGCAGCAUAUAAGUGAUAUGCACCCACUCUUUAUGACUUUGCAAUACCCAACCCUCUUCCCGUAUGGACAGAUAGGCUUCAACGAGAACAUACCGGUCAUAAAUACUAACGGAGAGCCUAGGAAAAGGGGCUACAUCACAAAAAGAGAGUACUUUGCUCACCAAAUACAAACCCGCUUAGCUGAAGGCAUGGUUAUUGUGAGGUCCAAAAGGUUGUUCCACCAGUAUAUUGUUGACGCUUUUACAUGCAUAGAGCAGGAAAGGUUGCGUUGGUUCCGCUUAAACCAGAAGAAAAUCAGAGCAGAACUAUACAACAAUAUACAAGAUGCAGUCAUGAAAGGUGACACAGAUGCAAAAACAAUAGGAAAAAGAGUCAUCUUACCCUCCAGCUAUACGGGCAGCCCCCGUUAUAUGGCAGAAAAGUAUCAUGAUGCGAUGGCAAUAUGUCGAUGGCACGGGAAUCCAGACUUAUUUAUCACUAUUACAACAAAUCCUAAGUGGGAAGAGCUAUCUGACCACCUCAAACUGUAUGGAACCGAUGAUCCCAACGACCGGCCCGACCUCGAGUCUAGAGUGUUCAAGAUGAAGCUCGAUGAGUUGAUGUCAGAUUUCAACAAAGGCAUAUUUUUUCCCAGACCCAAAGCAGUUGUCUACACCAUAGAGUUCCAGAAGAGAGGCUUACCACACGCCCACAUACUUCUAUGGCUCGAAGGGGACUUCAGAAAUCCCACUGCAGCUGAUAUUGACAACAUCAUCUCAGCAGAGCUCCCUGACAAGGAAAAGGACCCUGAAGCUUUUGGUUUGGUGGAGCAACACAUGAUGCAUGGUCCUUGUGGGAAAGACAGAUUAUCAUCUCCUUGCAUGGACAACGGUGUUUGCACAAAGAAAUUCCCCCGCAGUUAUGUUCCACACACCCAAGUUAAUGAAUCAGGCUACAUCUUGUACAAGCGCAGACAGACUGGGCAGUUUGUUUCCAAGGGAAACAUCAAGCUUGAUAAUCAAUUUGUUGUCCCCCACAACCUCCAGAUCUUGAAGAAAUACAAGGCCCAUGUCAAUGUCGAAUGGUGCAACAAAUCAAGCGCCAUCAAGUACCUGUUCAAAUACAUUACUAAAGGUGUUGAUAGAGCUACCUUCAAAGUUCAGAAAACCCCAGAGCAGUCCGAACGGUCGGAGCCAAAAAAACCAGAACAGCCAAGGAAUGAAAUUAAUGAAUACAUUGAGGGGCGGUACCUUUCAGCAUGUGAGUCGAUGUGGAGAAUUUUUGUGUUUGAUAUUCACCACAACAGUCCAGCAGUGCAGAAAUUACCAGUUCACCUUCCUGGCGAACACAUGGCUGUUUUUGAUGAGAAUGAGGACCUCCAGAACGUUGAAGACAGGUACCUACAUGGCCGGACUAUGUUAACGGAAUGGUUUGAAAUGAACAGACGUUAUGAAGAAGUCAGAAAACUAAAAUACAUCGAGAUGCUAACAAUGUUUGUCUGGGACAAUUCAAACAAGAUUUACAUAAAGCGACAGCAAAGAGGGAGCAUUGGAAGGAUUGUAAACAUAAACCCAGCAGCUGGUGACAAAUAUUAUCUUGGGAUUUUAGUCAGCUUAGUUCGAGGCCCAACAUGUUAUGACGAUUUAUAUACAGUGGGUGAGAUCAAAUAUGAUAACUUUCAAGAAGCCUGCUAUGCUAGAGGCUUUCUCGGGACAGACAAGGACUGGCAUGAUUCUAUGUCUGAAGCAUCUCAAUUUUCAUCACCAAGAUCUCUUCGCUACCUCUUCGUACUAAUACUCAUCUACUGUCAAGUUUCAGAACCAAGGAAACUUUGGGAUCAUUCUUGGGAAUAUAUGGCAGAAGAUGUCUUGAUGCGCCAGAGACGCCUUCUUCGAUUCCCAGACCUCCAGCUAACCCUAGACGAACUGCAGCAUUAUACACUUAUUGAAAUAGAGACCCUGCUUCAGAACUACGAGAAGUCAUUGACUGAGUUUGCAGGCAUGCCACUUCCAAACAAAGCUAUCAUGGACGAAAUGAAGAAUAGAGCAAUGGCGAGGCACAACCAGUUUGAUUUAGCUGAAGAACAAAAGGUUCACCAGGAACUUUUCUGCAAGCUCAACAAUCAACAGCGGGCAGUAUAUGAUGCAGUGAUCAAGUCCGUUUGUGAGCACCAAGGCAAGCUAUUCUUUCUCUAUGGAGCAGGAGGAACGGGGAAAACAUUCCUAUAG